AUGGCUGCAGUAUCAAUGCACAACGCUGGCGAUGGAUUUGGAGGAAUGGAUCGACGCUUGUCGCUAGCCUUCCAUACGCUUGCGUCGCCUCUGCGCCAUCGCCACUUUGAUCUCGCAAAGCUACGCGAAUUAGCACAAAGUGAUGAAUUUUCGGACAGUGAGAGCGAUGGCGUCACUGACGACGAAGAGGAAGUGCAUUUUAUGCCUUACACAACGUUCAUACGGACUUCACCGAAGCGAAAGACUUCGGGUAUCCAGCAACGUCCUUUGGUUAAGCAGCGGAAGAAGAGCGAUGAGAAGAGUAGCAGUGGGACUGAUGCUGGUUGUAGUCCCAAGGGUGACGACUGGGAGAUUGUCGACAAGUCACCAACGUUUGAAAGCGUUGCUGGCGGCAAGACGGAGCUUGGGGGAGAAAGCUGGUUUGUGCAAGAUCGCGUGCUGUAG